UUUUUUAAAUUAUAUUUUAAGGGUUGGAUGUUGCUUUUACGGGAGUUUGUCCUUCCACUUCUAUCUCUAUCUCUAUUUCUAUCUCUUUCUCUUUCUCUUUCACUUCUAUUCCACUGUGCUACCAUCAUUGUCAAAUUUAGCUUUACUCAACUUUGUGUGUUUCAUUUUUACCUUUAAGAUCAUAACAUUUUUGCUUUCGGAGAGCUGCAAUAGUCUCAAAGAUUGGAUCUUUCAUCUUUGGUCUUUUGAAGGUCUCCAUGGAGAGUGAUAAUGGUGAUGGCAAGUCCAAGAUGGAAGAUUACGAAGUUUUAGAACAGAUUGGAAGAGGAGCUUUUGGAGCUGCUUUUCUUGUUCUCCAUAAACUUGAGAAAAAGAAGUAUGUGUUGAAGAGGAUUCGCCUGGCCAAGCAAACAGAGAAGUUUAAGCGUACAGCGCACCAAGAGAUGGAAUUGAUUGCAAAAUUGAAUAAUCCAUAUAUUGUUGACUACAAAGAUGCUUGGGUUGACAAGGGAAACAGCAUAUACAUUGUAACUGGCUACUGUGAGGGAGGGGACAUGGCUGAGCAUAUUAAGAAGGCCAGAGGUAUGCACUUUCCAGAGGAGAAAAUCUGCAAAUGGAUGACUCAGUUGUUGUUGGCUGUGGACUACCUGCACUCAAACCGUGUUCUUCAUAGGGAUCUGAAGUGUUCCAACAUAUUCCUUACGAAGGACAAUGACAUCCGGCUUGGUGACUUUGGACUUGCAAAAUUACUCAACACAGAAGACCUUGCUUCUUCGGUUGUUGGCACACCCAACUAUAUGUGUCCUGAGCUCCUGGCAGAUAUACCUUAUGGCUAUAAAUCUGAUAUAUGGUCACUUGGUUGCUGUAUGUUUGAGAUCGCUGCACAUCAACCAGCGUUUAGAGCUCCUGAUAUGGCUGGAUUAAUUAACAAAAUCAACAGAUCCUCCAUUUCUCCUCUCCCAAUUUUGUAUUCCUCCACACUGAAACAAAUAAUCAAGAGUAUGCUAAGGAAGAACCCAGAACAUAGACCAACUGCUGCUGAACUCUUAAGGCACACCCAUUUGCAGCCUCAUCUCCUUCGCUGCAGAAACCCAUCUUCUGUUUAUCUACCAGUAAAGGCCUCAAACAGCCCAAAGGAGAAGACACCUAGAAAAUCAUUGUCCGGCAAACCUGGCAUUCAGAAGGACGGGGGGGUUAAAGAUGCUGGAGUAUCAAAUGGACAAGAAAAUAUACAUGCAUUUCAGAGAAUGGCUGAUGUACACCUAACCAGUUCUAGUUGUGAGAAGCCAACAUCCACAGCUAGUACAGAAGACAACCUUGUCACUAAGAGGGUUGAUCCUACUAGCUGCGCUGUCGAAAUAUCUAAUUCUACCAGCGAUUCCAAAGACAUGUCCACUGAUUCUGAAGUGAGUAUUAACAAUGGAGACAAAAAGACUAAGUUUAACAGCAUUCCUCAAAAGGAUGCUGAUGUGGAGUCAACAUCAGAGAUAGCAUUCAAUUGUCAGCAUGAUGAACAAGAAAAACCCAUUUCUGAGCACGCUCAAAACUUGCCUGAAGCUGAUAUCGAGUCUAUAAGUCGAAAAGAUGAGGAGACUUUUUGUGGCAUGCAGGUUCUUGAAGAAACAGCAAAAGAGGUUCUUGACACGCAGGUUCUUGGUAGAUCAGGGGAUUCCAGUAAACUGACAAUCUCCGGUAUAAGCUGUGAUGAUAAAAUUGGGUUACCUGAUGAUGGAAAUUCAUCUUCUACUUUUUAUGAAACUGAUGUAGAACGACGAUGCUCUUCAAAUAAAACAAGUAGUCCUAAUGCAAAAACAGAAGGUGCUGACACUAGCUACUUAUCAUCAGAAAGUAAUAUUGUACUUCAAUGUAAAGAUGAAGCAGGAGCAACAUCAGAGAAUAAUACUUGCACUGUUCUAACAGAGAAAGAUGGUGCCCGGAUCCAGUUGACACCAAGUGAUGUGUCGUUACUGAGUAGACUUACAGCCUUGAGUGGUGAUGAAAUUAAGAGUGUGUGGGAGAAUCCAAGUCAGCAAAGAGCUGAUGCUCUGGAGUCUCUGCUUGAGCUAUGUGCCCGGCUUCUUAAGCAAGACAAAAUCGAUGAGCUUGCCGGUGUGCUACGACCAUUUGGGGAAGAAGUUGUCUCAUCUAGAGAAACAGCAAUUUGGUUAACAAAGAGCCUCAUGUCUGCCCAAAAGUUCACGGGAGGAGCCUAAUUUUCGUGAUGCGCUUGGCAUUAAUUUAUUCAUCAUUGUGAGAAAAUGUUUUUUUUUUUAAUAUGUUUGACAUAGUGUUUAUUUCGAGUGGUGUGGUUGAAUUGAAGAAACUCAAGAAUCAAACUUAUUUUGUAUAUUGUUGACUCACGGAUGGAUUUGAUGGAAAUAAUGAAGAAAUUCUUGUUACUCUUCGGUGUUCCAAAUCAAACUUGUGCAUUUGAUUGGAAGGCAACUAAAACUUCAAGGGAUGAACGGGCGAUGUUUAACUUCAAAUUUUUGUUAGAUGUGCUGCGAUGACACUAUAUCAAAAUCGAAAUCCAGAAACUAUAAUGAAUUCAGAAGCAACAGUCUCCAUCCAAUAUGUAGUGACAAGCUCAUGAUUUUGAAUUUCUUUCCACUCGAAGGUAUGGCAUCAGUUUUUUUUUUUUUUUAAUAUGACUAAAGCUACCCAUCAAAUAACAGACGAGUCCAGGGUAACUAUAUACGUGUAUAACAUGGUUUUCUUUUACGUCUAUCCUACAUAAAAUUCGUUCCUUCUUUCUUUAUUAUCGGGUGUUGCUGAAUUAUGUUUCUCAUCUCUUAAUUUACGAAACAUUGAGCCCCAUUCAUAGCAGUUCCUGAUAGCGGAUGCUCCCUACAUUGAACCCUUCAUUUUAACAGAACAUGUAAUUGAUCGAGUUAGACCUAGCAAAGCUGAUUUGAAUCCGAU